CUCAAAAUUUCCAGAGCCCCAUCUCCCAAGAAAGGCUCUUCAGCUGGUAUAUUUCGAGAUACCUGCCGUUUAAAAGUACUUGUCGUCUUCCGAAGAACGCCUCGUAGUACUCGCUCGACUACAGCCCCGCACUUAACUACAACCAACUCCUCCCAACCAUGGCAGACCUCGGAUUACAGGGUCGCAAGACCUUCAAGGUCUUCAACCAGGACUUCAUUGUCGAUGAGAGAUACGUCGUGACGAAGGAACUGGGCCAGGGAGCUUAUGGUAUUGUAUGCGCGGCGACGAACCAACAAACAAACGAAGGCGUUGCGAUCAAGAAGGUCACAAAUGUUUUCAGCAAAAAGAUCUUGGCGAAGCGCGCGUUGCGCGAGAUUAAGCUGCUCCAGCACUUCAGAGGGCAUCGCAACAUAACAUGCCUUUAUGACAUGGAUAUCCCGCGACCCGAUAACUUCAACGAGACGUACUUAUACGAAGAGUUAAUGGAAUGCGAUCUCGCGGCCAUUAUCCGGUCCGGGCAACCCCUCACCGACGCCCACUUCCAGUCCUUUAUCUACCAGAUUCUGUGCGGACUGAAAUACAUCCACUCGGCCAAUGUCCUUCACCGUGACUUGAAGCCUGGAAACCUGCUCGUCAAUGCCGAUUGCGAGCUGAAGAUUUGCGAUUUCGGCCUCGCGAGAGGUUUCUCUGUUGACCCCGAGGAGAACGCUGGGUACAUGACGGAAUACGUUGCUACAAGAUGGUACCGUGCUCCAGAGAUUAUGCUCUCGUUCCAGAGCUACACCAAAGCCAUUGAUGUAUGGUCCGUAGGCUGCAUUCUCGCCGAGCUCCUCGGCGGCCGCCCCUUCUUCAAGGGCCGCGACUACGUCGACCAGCUCAACCAAAUUCUCCACAUCCUCGGAACCCCCAACGAGGAAACCCUCUCGCGCAUCGGCUCCCCCCGCGCCCAGGAGUACGUGCGCAACCUCCCCUUCAUGGCCAAGCGCCAGUUCUCUCACCUCUUCCCCAACGCCAACCCCGACGCUCUGGAUCUGCUCAACCACAUGCUCGCCUUCGACCCCUCCUCCCGCAUCUCCGUCGAGACGGCCCUCGAGCACCCGUACCUGCACAUCUGGCACGACGCGUCCGACGAACCUGGGUGCCCGACGACGUUCAACUUCGACUUUGAGGUCGUGGAGGACGUAGGGGAGCUGCGCAAGUUAAUCCUCGAUGAGGUCGCGAUGUUCCGCGCCCAGGUACGUGUUCAGCCUGCGACGCAGCAUGGUGGUGGGUCCGCGCAGGCGGGGCAGGUCCCGAUGCCGCAGCAGGGUGGCGCGUGGGGUGCUGAGGACCCGAGGCCGCAGGAGGCGGGGUAUGGAGGGCAGCAGGCGGGGUUGGAGCAGGAGUUGCAGUAUGGGCUUGAUGCUAUGCAUGGGUAGAUUUGGCAGGUGCCAUAUAGGGGGAUAUGGAUAUAGUCCUGUCUUUAGACGAGAUUUACGAGUUGGAGAUGGGUUGGAUGUUGUGAGGGAGGAGUGGGGGGAUUUGAUUUUGUUUAAUUCUCCUAAUGAAUGCAGAGCGUGCGAGAAAUUUGCUUUUAUUUAUUUUGAGAUAAAAAAUCUAGGAAGAAGCGAUAUGAGCGGAGUUGGAAAGUUGGAAAGAAACAAGGAGUGCUAGCUAUCACAAGAGUAGGAAAGGAGACAAAAAGAUUGUAUUUUCCUUACAUACAUUUUAUCCAGCCCAUUUUUUGGACACAUUCCUGAUACCCAGCUCACCGGCUUCGGCGGUGGCUGAUUAGGUUGCAUAUUUAUCCCCCAUACCGACAAACCAUACAUACCAUCACAUAUGCGCGGCGUGUCAGCAUGUGUCCGGGAUCAGCGAUGUAGGCAGAUCUGCACAUCCCUUGCUGCCCCAAUGUCUCACCCACAACUCGGGAAACCCAGACGAUCUUUAAUCUGACACCACGUUCAAGACCCCCUCUCUUAAAGAAAAAUGAAAAGAAAAUAAGCUCCUUCAAGCAAGGAGGUAGUUCCAUUUGUUAGUAUUCUUUGUUGGAGGAUCUGAGAUGAGAGAUGGUAGCGGUCCAACGACGGCCGAAUGGCGGCCGGAUUCACGUGGGGGCCGUUGGACCUUCGUGUCACGCUGUGUGCGCGUGUUGGAACUCUGCGCACUACAUGGCAGCGGCGGCGUGUUGGAGACACGGCGUCAUGGGGGUGCAAACCAUUUAUUUUGCGGUAACACACGAUUGUGCAAGUAAGCUGGAGGGAGCCACGAAGGGCGCGGGAUCGUUAUGGAGCUGAGAUACCCGCGGAGGUGUUUGGCGCGAGGGGUGGGACGGAGGUUGUGAGAGGGGAGGUGUUGGUUGGGAGGGAGC